GGCUUGUAAUGCUGAGAGGAAGGUGCAGAGUUGAGUGUCUUCCAAACAUUGCUUUUCUCUCUGACCAUCCCCUGUACAAACAAAAUUUACUUGGUGGUCUUCAAUAGGCUUUUUGAAAAACGUGAAUUUGUGACAAUUGAGAAAAAAAAAAUGGAGAACCGAUGGAACCAGCUGACAGAAAAAUUGAUAUCUUCACCGAGCGUGAGAGAAAAAUGGUGGAAUCGGAUUUGUCUAGCGCUCACUGGCGACGAAGGGCGGAGGCACUAUUACAACCUGGAAAACUUAGAGAAGCGUUUCGUAUUGUUUGACGAAAUCCUUCACCGGCUUUCUAAUCCAACUGCUGUAGCUUUAGCCAUGUUUCUUCAGCACUUGCAUUACGACCCACGCCUUCCUGGUAUAUCAGAGGAACUUACUCUGGCAACCCUCGAAGAAUUCAUAAUGGAUGCAGAGCACGCGGUUCCUGAAUUAGUCAGUGACUUAAGAAAAUUAAUAGAAGCUGCACUUAUAAACUCAACUCCUGUUCAUUUAACGCCUAAUGCGACAGGCACGAGUGACGUACACUACUUCCUAGACAUCGAGAUGGCCACGUUAGGUAGUUCUUCGAGCGAAUAUGCCGACACCUUGGCCAUGAUGAGAAAUGAAUAUGGAUGCACCUCUGACGAUGACUACUUUGAAUUGCGGCUAAAGGUGUUGAGAUCCUUUCUUCAAAUACCUAACAUAUACGCCACUGAAGAAUUCCGGAGCCGUUACGAUGCACAAGCUCGAAGUAACAUAAUCAAGGAGAUAUCAAAUAUUGAAAAUCGUGUGAAAAACGGUUAAAGAAGAAAGAACACUGCUGAAGCUUGUAAAUGUACUGUAUGCUCCAGAAAAUAAUUAUUGGCAGCAAAAUGCAUGGAAUUUUGAAUGGCUUGAAAUAAAAACGU